AUUUAAGGGGGAUAAGGGCAUGAAGAGGAUCCUCUCUUUUAGAUUUUGCUCCAAAAUUAGAACAACGAAAGCUUCCAUCUGAUUUGCAGAGAGUUUUUCUCAAAGACACAAUCAAGGACACUGUUUAGAGAGAGAAAGAGAAAGUGAUUCUUUCUGUGAGUAACAUGCAAUAGCUAUAGAUAUAGUUAUUCUUUAUAUAUUAUAUACAAAAAAUGAGAGAGAGAAAAAAAGAAAGAGUUGAAGAUUGAAGUUCAAUUUUUAGAAUUGUUCAUCAAUUACCCUUUUUCUGUUUUUGAUUUUUUUGGUUGGUUUUGGUUCCUAUUCAACCCUGCUUUUGAUUUUGCUGUUGGAUUGAAGGUUGAGACAUGUUAGAGGGUCGUUCGUGUGUUGUUCCGAGGUUGUUUUGUAGCACUUGUGAAGGAGAGAACGAUUGGUCUUACAUGAAGUACAUGUUGGAUUUGGACAUCAAAAAUGGCAAGAGACCAAUGGAAAUUGAUUCUGAGGAUGAACAGCAUCCUAAGAAAUGUACCAAGAUGUUGGAUUCUUGUCACAUAGUUGAAUCAGUUCGGAUUUCGUUACAACAGCCUAAGGAUUCCAUUGAAGCCUUGAAUGUUUGUCAAGGAGUUCAUGAUGGUGGAGAUUGGAAUCACCAGCUUGAUGGUGAUUCAAUGGAGUUUGGUGAGCAUCAAAAUGCUUCAAAUUUAUUGAUUCGAAGCGAUGAGCAGCAAGAGAAUCAUGCUGGUGAUUCGUCGGAUUCUGGCUCACUUUUACCUCGGAUGAAUCGAGACAGCUCGAUUGCGUGUCUAAGCCGCUGUUCGAGGUCAGACUAUGGUUCGCUUGCUUCAUUGAAUAGGAGUUUCCGGAACAUAAUUCAAAGCGGCGAGCUCUAUACAUGGAGGAGACUAAAUGGUAUUAUGGAACAUUGGGUUUAUUUCUCAUGUGCCCUUCUUGAAUGGGAAGCGUACGAUCCGAUUCGCCAAAGGUGGAUGCAUUUGCCAAGGAUGGCUUCUAAUGAAUGCUUCAUGUGUUCUGAUAAGGAAUCAUUAGCUGUAGGAACAGAACUUCUUGUGUUUGGAAGGGAGCUCCGAUCUCAUGUCAUUUAUCGAUAUAGUCUUUUGACCAACUCAUGGACCUCAGGAAUGAGAAUGAAUGCUCCGAGAUGUUUGUUCGGCUCUGCCAGCCUCGGAGAGAUUGCGAUAUUAGCAGGUGGCUGUGAUUCAGAGGGACGUAUCCUCGACUCUGCCGAACUAUAUAAUUCAGAGACUCAAACAUGGGAACUACUCCCGAGUAUGAAAAAACCAAGGAAAAUGUGUUCUGGGGUAUUCAUGGACGGAAAGUUUUAUGUUAUAGGCGGGAUCGGCGGCCGCGAUUCCAAGCUUCUAACAUGCGGCGAGGAGUACAAUUUACAAACUAGAACAUGGACGGAAAUUCCUAACAUGUCACCCGGACGAAGCAGUAGGGGGUCUGAGAUGCCUGCAACUGCCGAGGCACCACCUCUUGUUGCUGUUGUAAAUAAUGAAUUAUACGCCGCUGAUUAUGCUGACAUGGAAGUUAAAAAGUAUGACAAGGAAAGAAAGUUGUGGAUUACAAUUGGGAGACUUCCGGAACGCGCGGUGUCGAUGAACGGUUGGGGACUUGCAUUUAGGGCAUGUGGAAAUAGGCUUAUUGUCAUUGGUGGACCUAGGACUCACGGCGAGGGUUUCAUUGAACUCAAUUCCUGGGUGCCUAGUGAAGGACCUCCGCAAUGGCGAUUACUAGAUCGAAAACGAUCGGGUAACUUUGUCUAUAAUUGUGCUGUGAUGGGUUGCUGAGAUAACUUUGAUUCAUGCUAAUUGGUACUUUCCUCCUUUCUCUCUUUCUAUGAUAUUUUCCUUUCGAAGUUGGGGGAUGAGAUUAAGAUAUUAAUCAAGAUUAGCUGAAAGAAUUUUCUUGAGGGAGAAGCUGAAAAAAAUCUUAUGUUAAAAAUUUAAUUUACCUUUUUUGCUCCAUUGAAAUAUGUAUCAUCCCCCAUUUUCAUAGACAAGAUUUUGGUAUCAUGUAGCAAAAGGAAUAGGUUGAAAUAAUUGAAGGUUCCAACACAGGUUUAGUUUGUUUGUUUGUUUAAGCUUUUCUAAGAACAUUACAACUAGAAAUUUGAUUUUUCCUGUUCAUAUAUUUCUUCACUUGAAGGAAUGAAAUAAUUUUCUCAUAGUUGUUUUUUUAUUAUGUAAUGAUUCAAUUUUCCAUUGGAAUUCAUAGACUUUGUAUCUUGAGCUCUCUCUUUGUCUGGAAAGUGGAAUGUGACUAUUUCAUUUAUUCA